AUGAGGACUCCAUCUGACCAGGGAGACAAAACAAAAUGGUGUGAGUUCCACAAUGACCACGGUCACCGAACGGAUGAGUGCAUUGCCUUAAGACUCAAAGUAUCCAACCUAUUAAGACGUGGUCACCUGACUGGCUUACUCACUGACAAAGGCAAAAGAACAUUCCAGCAGGAGGCAGACAGGUUAGUCGUCCGAAGAGAAGUAACCCCGCCGAAGCCACCUACUCAUGAACGGACAGUGAACAGAAUAACUGGUGGCUCUGAGAUAAGUGGAGUCACCCAUUCAGCAGACAAAAGACAUGCCAGGCAGACCAACUGGAUCAAAGGAGAGUCCAGCGAGACAAAGAAGAAUACCAUCAACCUACCUGCUCAAACCAUCAGUUUCUCAACAACAGAAUCAACCAAACUCCUCAACCCGCAUCACUAUGCUCUUGUUAUUGCUCUUUACAUUGCUAAUUUUCUUACUAAACGUAUACUUAUUGACAAUGGCAGUUCAGCUAACAUUUUAUUUUUAAGUGCUCUCAGGGAAAUGGGGAUAGAUGAAUCAAAAAUCAUAAAGAAUACUACGAUCCUCAUCGAUUUUAGGGGAGAGCAAAAGAACACACUAGGAGAUAUCGAGCUACCUGUCUAUGCCGAAGGAGUCAAUCUAUGCACAUGA